AUGAAUGAACGAAAUAAACAUUCAAAAGACCAGUCCUUUGUGCAAAAAGCAGCGAUCAAACAAAAAACGGUUUCAAUAUUUAUUUGUCACCCUGUAUAGUUGAAGUAUGUGGAAAUUUUUUUUAAUGAAAAUUAUUGUCAUCAGUUAUCGAUUAUUUUCAGUCAGUGAUUUGCGGAAGGAGAUUUUCCUCUUUGUCAUAAGAAUAAGUUGCUGAAAAGUUGAAUUCAGGACGUCUCGAACGCCCUGAAAUGCCUGCUGACCAUCAUCGCGACGUGCAAUCAUUCGCCCAAGGCCCAGGAACUCUUGGUCGCCGAAGUCAAGGCGACGCUCGUGUCUGCUUCUGCGCCGCCACUGGCGUCGGUGAACGACCCGCCACGACCUUCGACGUCUGCUGCGGUCACGGUUCCGGCACAGACGAACUCGCUGCCGACGUGCUCCUGGCAGGAGGCGCCGGCCGGUGCUCAACGAGUUUUGGCCAAGAAGGUCAAUAGAAAAGAAAGAUUUCUGGUUAUUCGUGAUGCGAAUUGUAGUUAUGAGAAAGAAAAAGAAAUUGGUUUUCGAAUUUUAGAACGAAUAGAAUUUGGAGUUUCCAAAAGAAAAAAGAGACGGAAAACACUUUGCAAGCCUAGAAACUCGGAAAAAUAUCAAAUUGUUCAGAUCUACGAAAUCUGCCAGCUGAUAUCCAUGAUGUGCGAAUCUUGCCCAACUCAUUCGUCCAACUCGUCCACAAUCAAUCGAAAUGCUCCCACUAAUGUCCCAAGCAAUGUUCAUUUCCUCCCAAGUAAUCCUAAAUCAUUUGUUUCCUCCAGAUCACCAAGUUGUUCAACAAGAAGAAGAUCUGCAACGACCUUGUCAAGACGAUCAGCUCUCUUCAGUUUUCGAGCAAGGUUAGUUUGGUGACCAUUCAAGUUGGAGAUUGAGGGACUUUCAUUUUUUGCUCAAAAAUUGUGGAAACUUUUCAAUUUUUGCAGAAGAAGUAGUUCAACACAAAAUCUAAGCCGGAAACGGUUUUUUGUGAUUUUAAAAAGUUAAAAUCUCCAAAACUAGAAUUUUGCGACUGUAGCGGCUGUGAGGGAUCUUCAGAAAGUUUUUGAGCAGAAUUCUAAGUUUCACAUAGAAAUGACCGCCAACGUUAAGAGCGAAAGAUUGGUUUGAAUAAAAUGAUUAAAGGACUCGGCUGAAACGGUGAACCAAGUUCUGAAGACGUUGGACACGUUGAUGAAGUCGGCCGGAUACACUACGUCGUCCAACGCCGGCGGCACGACCAACGCCGACCGAACGGUUGGACAAAUUGAAGUAUACAACUUGAGAAUGACUCCUUUUUUCCCCUGUGUGGAUUGUAGCCUGUAGAGUAGAAUAGUGUAGACUAGAUAAAGUGGAAAAAUAGCUAGAAAAUGAGCAUGCAUGUGCGCUCUAGGGGAAAAAUCGGAAAAAUUUUGGAUCAGUCUUCUUUUUAGCUUGAAUUUAACAUUUUAGGGGUUGCGUGGGUUAGUUAAAGUACAAAAACUGACAUGUAGAUGUUCAAAAAGUUUUUACAAUUUUCUGCGACUUUCCCUCUGAGCUCACAUAUAGGCUUUUUUCAUCUAUUUUUCGUGGAAAUAGAAGCAUGCCGUUAAAAAAAAAAUCUUUCGACCGUCUGGAAGAUAAUAUUCAGGUUGGUGUGACUACUGACACUGAACGACGGAGAAGAACGAGUCGAAGACGAAGAUGAUGGGGCCAGAGAAAGGUUUUUUGGGUUGGCUGGGCAUUUUUCAUGUUGACUUUGAAGAAACGAUGAGAUCAACGUCGAGGACGGCCUUGACCUCUUCAAUCGGUCUGAGGCAGAUGUUCUGCAAUGGGUAAGGCUGGAAAUAUCAUUUAGAAGGCUCUUUGAAGAAUACUUCAUGAAAAGGGUGAAACCAAACAAGGAAUUGUCAAAAUUACAGCUUUUUUCGAUUUUUUCAUUAGAUUGGCCUGUUAGAACUGAGCGUUGGCAUAUCGAUCCAUAUUUCUUUUUCGAAAAAAAUUUCUCCGUCUGAAUUUUUUUCUGUUGAAGAGCAUAUUUUUUUAACUGGAAAAAUACCAUUCAGAUCUUUUUUGUACAUACCCGGAAAUAAAAUACAAAAAUAGUGCUCAGAAGCAUUUUUCAGUUGCCGCCACGAGAAGAAGACGACGUGGAAGGCUCGGAAAUCGAAGAUUCUUCGGAAGAAUCCGGAUCCGACGAGACUUUGACCGAAGAAGACGACGAAAACGCGGCGAACAACGACGUCCGCGAUGACGCCGCCGAAACCGACAACCCGGAAGUCGACGUCGUCGUCAUCGCGGCUCCUGUAGCCGCUGAAGACAACCAGGACGAGGAGAUGCGCGAAGAGGACGACAAUGUCUGAACUCUGGAAAGAUCUGAAUGAACUUCCGUUUCCAGGCCGCCAACGCUUCGGAUGAUGACGACGAUGAUGACGAUGAUGAUGAGGAUGGAGACGACGACGACGAGUCGCAAGAUGGACGCGCUGAGGCCGACAAUCAGAUCGUCGACGACGAAGGGGACAUCAACAACCCAGAGCCGGAUGUACGGAUUUCUAGAUUUUUCGGGUGUUUUUGCAAAAAAGAUGUUCAUGCAGUGAAAAACGCCUUCCUCUUUAGAGAUUCAGAACUAAAAAAAAUUUCUCAUCAUAGGCAUCAGUUACAAAAAAUCUAGAAGAUCAACUACCGCUUUUUUUUCUUUUUCCAGUUUUUUCAUUAAUUUUCAGAAUCUUGAAUCAACUUCAAUUUCAGUAGCUCUACUAUAAAUUGAAUCUUUGGAAUUUUUUUCACUAUUCUAGGAUUUUCCCGCAAAAGAAGUGUGUAAAAGUGUGAAAAAAAAACCCUUUUCAUGACCCGUUCGAAUUAAUUUUCGCGAAAUCCAAAAUUAGCUCUGAAUCUCCAGAAUUCAGUUAUCUCUUCCACUCUCUGACGGCUAUUUUGAAUUUCGAGGAACAACUUUGAACACGUCCUGAACUACUAAGCUGAAGCCUUUCUUUUCUGAUUUCUAGUUCUUGAAAUUUCCAGGAAGACGCGGCUGAAGGCCAGAACCGAGAAGACGAAGACGAGGAGGAGGAAGAAGAGAUGGACAGUUACGAAGGCGAAGACUACGACGACGUUCUGGACGCCUACGGGCCCUGA